AUGGACAUUAUGGUCAACUGGGUGUCAUAUCGACGACUUGUAGCGUUUGCUGGUAAGGCAAGGUAUACCAACAAAGAUGACAUCUGGUGACAAAGGCGUACGUUACUGAUUCCAAAAAAUAAUAGCAGUAUUUACGCGAUUAGACAAGGAGAGAACAGCUGAAAAGAUCUUCUUGCAAAUCCACACAUUCCUAACAAACAAAUCCCUGCUCGACUAUCAAAUGCAUCAAAAUGAACGACUCGGAAAAGCCGUUCGCCUGCACUACGGAGGGCUGCAACAUGAGUUUUGUCAACGAAGAUCAUCUAACAGUCCACAAAAAGAAGCACGACAUGAUGUUGAAUCUUGGAAUUAACAACAAAAGCAACUUGUUCAUUGCUGAUCAAACACCAACGCCGACAAGGUUUAUUAGAAACUGCGAAGAAGUUGGUCUCUUUCAGGAUCUACAACAUGAAAAUCCUUUUGAUGAGACGUUUCGGAGAGCUGUGGAGGCUGGGAAAAUUGGUGUUCUUAUAGCUUCAGAGAUCGAUCACAACGAUGAUUUACAUACACCUAAUGUAUUUCCUCAUAUCAUGGAGGAAUCUAUAACUGCAAUCUCUAGCAGGAAUGAAGUAACGAGAUCAGAAACUUUGAAAGUGAGCGAAGACUUGAACACUCCCAAUAUUUUGCCUCACAUUGAGGAAGCGAGUCAUAGGACAUCUAGUACCACAGUCUCCGCUAUGAAUCAUCAAGUUACAAAAUUGGUAACAAAAAGCUUUACAGAGUCUUCAACCAUAAUACAAACGGUAACGAGUGAAGAAAUAACUCUAGAGGAUGAAAUGAAAAUUAGUAAAGAAAGCAGUAUAAAUAUUGGCAAUGAGUCAAAAGAAAAUACAGCCAUUCAUACUAUAUCUGACUCAUCCUCAGAUAAUAGUUGUGCUACAAAAUCAGAGACUAAUUUACCGAUUGGUGGAGCAGAAAUGCAACUUUUAUUAAAAACUCAAGAUGGUAAAGUUCUAAGGUUCUUAGCUGCUCCUAUUAUUGAAACCCAUGUAGAUUCCAGCAAUCCACAUGAUAAAGAAGAUUGCACAGGAAAAGUGAAAGCUAAGGCAAAUGACUGUGAUAAAAGUGCUUCAAAAAUAAUUCAGAGUCAAAAGUUAUCAGCAGCUAAAUUGAAAUUAAAACAAGCUCUUACUAAGAAUGGCGCAGUGCCUGAAACUAAAAUUAUUCGAAACAAUCAAUAUGAAAAUCGAAAUAUCAAAAGCUCAAAUGAGCAAAGUAACAGCAAUACUAGAAAUCCAAAAAAGCAAGCUAUUCUCGAGAGGAAUCGUGCAAGUUCCAUGCGUUCACGGGCAAAAAGAAAAGCUUGGAUACAAGAAUUGCAGCACUCUUUAAAAAUGUCUAAUGAAACUAAUGCUAAUUUACAAGAUCAAGUUAAAAGUUUGCAAGCUCAAGUAGCAAAAUUGAAAACUCUCCUGUUAGCACACAAAGAAUGUCCUGUUACAAAAGCUAUGGAAACAGGAAACGGAGUAGUGGUGGGUUCUAAAGUUUUGACGAUAAAACCAAACGAGAUGAAGCAAGUGGCAGUCAUUACGGGCUCAGCUAAACCGACCAAACGACCUAGUACAGAAAAGCCAAUUGUACCGAAAAAAAAGCCGGUGAUAGUCUCCGCCUUGAAAAAUCCCAUUAUUUUACCAAAGUCUCAUGCCGCUGCGAACACGAUUACUCUUCAUGGAACAGAGUCGAUAAAAUCAAUACCUACCAUUAGUAUCGUGACACCUUACGUUGCGAAUGCGCAAAGUGGCAAUGCGAUUUUGAAAAUCCCUAUAAUUACCGAUGCGGUUUCAUUGAGUUCAACUAUUAAUCAAAAUGCUGCUUCGAAAACUACUGGUACUUGAUGCAAGUAAUAGGAAAAAUUAAGACUGAAAAAGAAUCCUUAAGGAGUCCUUAUGGAUACGGCACCGCGCCUUGCAAAUGAAUGCUUGACGUAACAAAACAAACGUUUAAUCAUCGCGUGUAGGUAUGAAUAAUGGCAACAAAUGUGAUAUAGCUUAUAACUACGUUAUUCUCGUGAGAAGCUACUUUUUAAAAAUUUGACCUUGCAUAUAAGCCCAAAAAAAGUUACUUAAUAGUUAAUUUUUUUUUAUUUUGGGAAAACAACAAAUGAAAAGACUUUUAGCUUUAUUUAAGAAUGUUAUAUUAUGCAAAUUCAAAAGUAUUACAAUAUUAAUAAUGUUAUAUAGAUGUUGUAAUAUUUGUAAGUGAUCAUAAUAUGUUGAUGUAAUUAGUGUAGUUAAUAGUGCUCAUGGCAAAAGUUGAACUAUGACAUCAAAUUUAAAAGCAGCACUGAUGUUAUUUAAUUACUAUCAUCUGUUAUAUAUUUUUUUUUAUAAAAUUACUUGAUUUAUGACUAAUAGAGUAUAAUUAUGAUAUUACUUUGUGAACAAAGAAUAUACUAUAAAUUUGUUGAUGGGAUAUUGAAUGUAUCAAAAUUGAAUUUUAGGUAUUAAUUGGUAUUUAAUGUUUGUAAAAAUCUAAUUAAAGGUUUUUGUUAAUGUAUAAUCCAUCGGUUUUGCUAAUCCAUUCCAAUGUUCGAAAUUUGUUAGCUACAGAUAGCGUGUUAAACCAUGACUGAACAAGUGUUCUGUAUACAUAAUUGUACGAAUAAUAAAAAUUGUUAGGUGAAGGAAAGUGGAAGUAUUGACAAAAUAAAUUCAGUACAGCAUAAGAAAUACAUUUGUAUAAUUGUAGAAAAAA